AUGGAAAUAGAGCAAAAUUAUUCAGAGUCCUUGGUUCAUAUAAAACAGCUCAAACUCCAGGUAGAAAACUUGAAAGAAGAAGUCAAAAGGAAGGGACUACGACAUUCAGAAGCUUUGAAUAAAAUCAAUGAGCUUGAAACCGAGGUUAUGACCUUUCAGAAAGAACUGGAAAAGCAGGCACGAGGUUUUGAAGAUGAACUUGAAUUAGUAACUCAAGCCAAAGUUGAGCAGGAGCAAAGGGCCAUACAAGCUGAGGAGGAAUUAAGGAAGACAAGAUGGAAGAAUGCUGCAUCCACAGAGCGCCUUCAGGAGGAAUUCAGACAGCUUUCAGUUGAAAUGGCAUUUAGGAUUGAUGAGAAUGAGCAACUUGCUAAUAAUGCAGUAGCAGAAGCUAAUGAUUUGAGCCAGCAAAACAAAGUUCUAGAAGAAUUGCUCCGGAAAGCUGAGGAAGAACUUCAACUAUCAAAAGAUCAAUAUGAAAGAAAAUUUCACGAGUUUCUAAACAAAAAUUCUCUAGGAGCAAAAGAUGCGUGUACUGGUGAAUCAGAAAUGCUACAGAAAUUGGUAGAGGAAAAGGAAGAUCUAGAGAGUGAACUCGCUUCAGUGAGAAAGGAAGCAGAAGAGCUGUCUAAGGAAUCAAUUUCCAUCCAGUCUCAAAUAGUUCAAAAGAAGAAAAUAGAUGAGAACUUGCAUUUAGAAUUGGAAAAGCUAAAACUUCAAUACAAUGAAAUGGAACAUCGUUCUAUUCAACUAGAACUAGAGAAUGAAAGAAUGAAGAAAGAGAUGUCCAAAUUACAGGGUGCCUUACAUAAGAAAGAACGGGUAAUUACUAGCACAAAUAAAGAUGUUUCUCAUUUACUAGGUGGCUUACAUAAGGUGCACAGAAUUUGCAUCUAA